CUAACCUCAAAUAUGAAAAAAAAAUAUAAACAAACAUGAUGAAAAAAUAUAAUAAGCGUUUGUAUAAUUUAAUUAUAAAAUAAUAUUAAUUUAAUAACAUUAUAAUCUAUUAACAAUUUAAUAUGGAUUUAAAUGCAAAAAGGUUUAAAGUUUCUGAUGAAACAAAUUUUAAUUUAUUAAAUACAAUGUGUAAUAAUUUUUUAAUGAACAACAUAGCAAUAGAAUUUCAUGACGAGGAUUUUAUUAAAAAAAUCACCUACAAUGAAAUAGAAAAUACAAAAUCGGAAAUAAAAGAUAUUUUAUUAAAAAUUAAUGGCUCACAAUUUAUAGCUAUAGAUUUGGAGAUAGAGAAUUUUUGCAUUCCAUCUUUAAUUUUAGGAAUACUAUCAACCGGUCGUGGUUUUUUAAAUAUUUCACCAUUAUCAUCUUUGGAUUUAUGUUCUCGAUUAAAAGUUCAGUAUUUAUUUACCAAAACUACAAUUCCCGAUGCAAAAUUGAUUCAACAUUUAAAUUGUCACGGAGAGAAUAUUCAAUUAGUAAAAUUAAAAUUUACUCAUCUUGAAGAGAGUUUUUAUAAAAAUUAUUUUACCUACGCAAUCACUACUUCAGGAACAACGGGUAUUUCAAAAAUUGUAAAAGUUCCUCAAGCGAGUAUAAUGUACAAUAUUUUCGAUUUAAGGACUCGAUUUUCCAUUAAUGAAAGAGAUAAAAUUGCACAACUUACGCCUCUGACUUUUGAUCCAUGUAUAGUGGAAAUAUUUUUAGCAUUAUACAGCAAUUGUACACUUUUCAUGGCAUCACGAAAUUUACAAAAUAAUUCGAGAAAACUUUUGGAAAUUAUGGAUCGUGAAAAAGUCACAUUAUUUCAAACGACACCAUCUCUUUUAUUUGGAAAAUUUGCAAAAAUUGACUUGAAACAUGGAAUAUUAGGCGAAAGAAGUAAUUUAAGAAUUUUGUUACUUGGAGGUGAACCUUUUCCAAAAAUCAGUGCUCUUGAAAGUAUCAAAGACAAACAAAAUAAAACGAGAAUAUUUAAUAUCUAUGGAAUUACGGAAAUUUCCUGUUGGGCAAGUAUCGUGGAAUUUAACAAAGAAACAGAAAAUGAUAUUUCUCAUGGAUUUUUGGGCGAUCCACUUUUUGAGACACUUUUCGAAGUGAGAACUGAGGAUGAUAAAAUUGUCAAAGAAGGAGAAGGAAUUUUAUUCAUUGGUAGCCAAAAAAGGAUUUGUUUAAUAGAUGAGGAAAUAAAUGUAACUUCCCCGGUUUUUCGGAAUACAGGAGAUAAAGUUAAGAUUGAUAACACUAAACGAGUCUUUUAUAAAGGAAGAAAUAAUAAAAUAAUAAAAAGAUUCGGAAACAAAGUCGAUCUAAGUAAAUUAGAAAAUGCUAUUUUAAAAUUAAAAUCAAUUCAAAAUUGCUGUUGCAUUUGGAAUGAAAAUGAACAAAAGUUACACGUCUGCGUCACACCAGUAUUAAAUUUCAAAGAAGAAAAUAUUCUAAAACUCGAUCUGAUGAGUCAUCUACAAACACUUACAAGUAUUUAUCGUCCCGAUGAAAUUCAUAUAAUCAACAAUUUUCCACUCACUGAAAAUGGAAAAAUUUGCUAUCAAUCUUUAAAGAAAAUUUGUAUUGAGAAACAUAAAUUAUUCAACAAAAACUUAGAAAGUAUUUUUUCUAAUCUAUGGAAAUUACUAGCCGGUUCAUUUGAAUGUGGUUUUAUUAAAUCAGGUGGAAAUUCAGUUGCUGCAUUACAAAUUGUAAAUUCCCUUUCGGAAAAAUUCCAACAAGAAUUUCCCGAACUUCUAGGAUUGCUUUUGAACGAUGCUAAUUAUUCCAAUUGUCUCACGUAUAUUCAAAGCGAAAUGAAGAAAAAUAAAGAACAAGAUAAUUCAGAGCCUAGAAUUGAAAUUUUUCCCUCCUCCAGUAAUAAUGUUUCGAAAGAAAAGAAAAAUUUCACAAAAAACAAAUUCUUGGAAAGAAAUGAAGAGAAAGGAAAUUUAAUUAAUUACGAGGAUGAAUUAAACGAUAAAUGUUUAUGGCAAAAAUGUCGAGGUUUUACAAACGGCGAAGAUAAUGAAAUAGAAAAUGAGAAAGCGAUUUGUUUGAAAAGAAAAUUUAAAUUUGAAAUUAUAAAAUGUUUCGAUUUGAAAAAAUGUAUAGAUGCUUCUGCAACUAUUUUUCAAUAUUCCAGUGGAAAGGUAUUCGCAACAGUCGGCUCUCAUUCGGGAAUGAUUAUCACAUUGGAAAUAAAUUCGAAUUCAUAUGAGAAUUACAUUAUCCAACUACCAGACAGAAUUGAAGCAUCGAUUUUGGUUUUUGAUCAUUUUCGAGCUGUUGUUGGUUGUUAUGAUGGAAAUGUAUAUUGUUUGAAUCUCAAAAGUGGAGAGAUUUUUUGGAAAUUUCAAACAGGAGAUGCAAUUAAAUGCACGGCAAUCACUUGUUUAGAAAAAAAGAAUAUUUUCGUCGGUUCUUAUGAUCGACACAUGUAUUGUCUCUCAUUAGAGAACGGAUUAGAAUUAUGGAGAAUGAAAGCAAGCGAGGGAAGUAUUUCCGGAACAGCUCGUUUACAUAAUGAAACACAAAGUCUUUUCUUUGGAACUCUGAAUGGAACUUGUGUCAGUUUAGAUCAAGUUUCAGGUAAUAUCAAGUGGCAAUAUUCAUUCUUGGAUCCUGUUUUUUCAGCGCCAGCAAUUCUCGAAACUGGAAACGUUAUUAUUUUUGCUAGUGUCUCUGGAAAACUUGCAUGCCUCAAUAUUGAAUCUGGAGAAAAGUUAUGGACUUAUACUAUAAAUGGAAAUAUAUUUUCUCACCUGGUCACUGUGAAAAAUCGAGAAUCAAUAUUAUUUGCAAGUAGAAAUAAAAUUCUUUAUUAUCUUGAAUGUAAUUUAAAACCAAAUUUAAAAUUCUCGUCAAUGAUGGAGAAUUCAAUUAUUGCAACACCAUGGUAUGCAGAAAAAUUAAUUUUAAUUGCCUGCAUCGAUGGUAGUUUACAAAUUCUCGAUUCGAAUUCUGGAGAAAUUCUCACCAGUUAUAAACUUCCUGGAGAAGUAUUUUCUUCACCUGUAUUGUAUCGAGAUCUCAUUAUUGUUGGUUGUCGAGAUAACAAUUUAUAUAUUUUAAAACUUUUCGAUUCAAAUUAAAAAUAAAUAUAUUUUAAAUUAAAAAUCCAUUUGGUAUCAAAUUGAAUUUUUUUUAAGGAACACUGAAUGAUAAGCAUAAAUAUAAGAGAGAAAGUAGCACAAUAUGUUUUUAUUUGUAAGGUUCUCGUAUUACAGUAAUCGCCAUAUCCUGAAAAUGUUUCGCUUGGCGAAACGGAUAUUUUUAUGUUUUGAUAAUUUGUGAGAUUGUACGUUAUGUUGAUUCACGUGUAGCUAGAAUUUUAGCUUUAUUAUGCAAGGGCGUGGAAGCACGGCAAAAACUUUUUUUUUUAAUUAUUCAGACACAGUAAACAUGCUUUUCUUUUUUUUUUUUUUUCUUU